GGUGCUUACUUCGCCACGUCUCAUGGGGACCACACCAUCAGGAUCAUCUCCGUACUAACAGGGCAGACAAUUGCUGUCCUAGAGGGUCACACCCGCACUCCCUGGACUCUUCGCUUCCAUCGGCUGCAGUCGAACCUGCUGGUCUCAGGUUGUCUCAACGGAGACCUCAAGGUAUGGGACAUCCACACACAGACCUGCCUCCGCUUCGCCUCUCUGGGGACCGAGCGCGUUACCUCGGUUGCCUUUCACCCGGAGAAGUUUCUGAUCGCUGCCUCGUGCGGGAGGGAGCUAUUCUUCUGGGACAUCUCCGUU